GUGAUGGCUAGUAAGACGAAGAUAUAUAUCGUUUUGGAGCUUGUCACGGGCGGUGAGCUUUUUGACAAAAUUGCAAGUAAAGGGAGGUUAAAAGAAGAUGAAGCUAGAAAGUAUUUCCAACAGCUUAUCAAUGCUGUUGAUUACUGCCACAGCAGAGGGGCUUUCCAUAGAGACCUUAAGCCAGAGAAUUUAUUGCUCGAUGCGAAUGGAGUCCUGAAAGUCUCGGAUUUUGGAUUGAGUGCCCUAGCUCAGCAAGUUCGGGAAGAUGGAUUGCUCCAUACAACUUGCGGGACACCAAAUUAUGUUGCUCCUGAGGUGAUUAAUGACAAAGGGUAUGAUGGAGCAAAGGCAGAUUUAUGGUCAUGUGGGGUAAUCCUUUUUGUCCUAAUGGCUGGUUACUUGCCAUUUGAAGAAGCCAACCUCAUGGCACUAUACAAAAAGAUUUUUAGAGCGGACUUCUCAUGUCCUCCAUGGUUCUCCUCCAGCUUAAGGAAGCUCAUCAAAAAAAUUUUGGAGCCUAAUCCCGUCAAACGUGUUUCAAUAGCAGAGGUCAUUGAGGAUGAGUGGUUUAAAAAAGGGUAUAAGCCUCCAAGUUUUCAACCAUCUGACAUCAGUCUCGAUGAUGUUGAUGCCAUAUUUACUGAGUCAGGGGAACCUCAAAACCUUGUGAUGGAAAGGCAGGAAUACGGUUCUAUUACUCCCGUGACUAUGAAUGCUUUUGAGCUGAUCUCUAAAUCCCAGGGACUUAACCUCAAUACACUUUUUGAAAAACAAAUGGGAAUUAUCAAAAGAGAAACGAGGUUCACUUCUAAAUGCUCAGUUGAUCAGAUACUUGCAAAGAUCGAGGAAGCUGCUACGCCAAUGGGUUUUGAUGUCAAGAAAAAUAAUUUCAAGAUAAAGCUGCUGGCAGAGACAAAUGGAAGGAAGGGUCAUUUAGCUGUUGCGACAGAGAUUUUUGAGAUGGCACCUUCACUUUACAUGGUCGAGGUUCGCAAGUCGGGAGGAGAUACCUUGGAGUUUCACAAGUUCUACAAGAUGCUCUCGGCAGGGCUGAAGGAUAUUGUUUGGAAAGCAGAAACAAUAGCUGAAGAAAGUGAUGGUUAGUCUCCACCAUUUAUAUGCGCUUUGAAUGAACUUCCGAAUACUUGCGCUAUGUAUAUUGACCCAUAUUAUUUCUGUGGAAGAUAUUCAAGAAUAUGAACGAUGAUUGGAUGUGAAUAAUUGUACCCGAAUAGUGUUAUACUUGUCAUUCUUUGUUAUAUAAACAGCCAUUUCGAA